GUUCAUUGCCGUGUCGCAGGAUUUGCAUUUCGCAAGCCUCCAAAUGCCAACUGGUGUGGAGGCAUUACUGUUCCACGUCAAGCCCACCUCCCAAUUUGUCCUUCCUCUCCCCGCCGGCCCUCAGAAACAACCCGACGCGAUCGAAUUCUGCCUCCUCCGCUCGCCGCCGCCGAACGCAAUUGCAAGGCGGCGGCGUCCCCUUCCUUCCAUUUUUGACAGCAGUAGCAAUUAGCGAUUCCUCAGUCAAUCUCUCUCCAGUCUCCAUCCUGCCCCCACGGGGCCCUCUCCCCAUGGACAUGGACGCCGCCGUCUCCACCCUCACCGCGCUCUCCGUCUUCGCCAGCACCGUCGAACACGCUUCCUUCAGGAGCGUGCACGGGUACAGGGUGGUCGGGAGGAAAGAUGGGAAGUGGUUGCGGUGGGUGGAGCGGCAGUUCGUCCUCUCCCUCUCCGUCCCGCCGUGCCGCGAGGUCGCCGUCCCCGCCGCCUCGCCGCGGAUACUGCUGGCGGGGUGGCACGGCUGGCCGUUGUUCCGCGAGGGGCAGACCGUGGGUACCUGGCGUUGCAUUGUGGCAUUCGAUUCUGUCGCCGCCGUCGCUCCGUCCUCCCCGCCGCCGCCCGUGCUCUCCCCCUUAGUGAAUCCACAGCUGGAGUGUCUACCCAAUCUGUACAGAGAUUUGCAAAAGGUAUUUCGGUUUCAGAAGGUGGAAAAGGUUCCACUGAUGGUUCGCCGUAAUGCAAAAGAGCAACCAAUUCGUGAGCAGGAGAAAACUUCUGAUGAAGCUGAUUCAUCGGGGUCUGAAUCUGAUGGGGAUCCUCAAUCUGAUAAAGAACUUGCGCCAUCAGUUCAGAAGCAGCCCAGAGCCAACCGGAAGCAUAUAGAUAACAUUACUUUGGCUGAGAUAGCGCAGUACUUCCAUCUUCCAAUCAGAGAAGCGUCAAAGACUCUCAAAAUUGGAGUAAGCAUACUGAAGAGAAAAUGCCGGAAAUAUGGGAUACCUCGCUGGCCACACCGCAAAAUCAAGUCUCUGGAGUCCCUCAUUAGCGAUCUUGAGUAUGUGCUUGACGACGAUCAAGGAGAGGAUGCACAACAGGAGCUGCAAAAGAUAGAGGAGGAGAAGCAGGCUGCUGCGAUAAAGGCCCUGACAAAGCGGAAGAAGAUGCUGGAGAACGAGAAGGAGAUCAUACAGCAGAAGCCAGCCUUGGACCUGAUGACUGAAACCAAACUGUUCAGGGAAGAUGUUUUCAAGAGGAGAUACAGGGCUAGUAAGAGUGUAGCCAGUGAAGCGGAAGAAGAUGCUGCAGAGCGAGAAGGAGAUCAUACAGCAGAAGCCAGCCUUGGACCUGAUGACUGAAACCAAGCAGUUCAGGGAAGUUUUUUUCAAGAGGAGAUACAGGGCUAGUAAGAGUGUAGCCAGGGAGUAGCAUCUCCCUUUAGCUGAUAACAGCUGCUGUAAAAAUAUAUGACUGACUCAACCUGGUGCGCAAAGAUAAUAGCUGCUGACCUCUGCGUGCCACCAGUUUAUCAGACUAUACUAGCUUUAGCUGCUCUUCAUAAACUUAGUUGAGUUCUGCUGUGACCGAAGUGAACUACGUGAAGAAUCGAACGAUAUAGCAUGGUUGGAUGCUUAAAAUUUCAAAAAAAAAUGCUUGGAUGCCGGUGUGAGCAUAAGCU